GGGAGACGGAGGAAGACAUGAGAAAACGUUAUCCUGAGCUAUUUAGUCCAGGUGGAUUUUUAGAAGCCGGGAUAGAAGAAGAAAGAUAGGAGCACCGAAUUUGAGAUGGUGUGAUAUCUGAAGAUUGAUGCCUUGAGAGCGCUCCUAGAAGACUUUUAGAGUAGUCUCGUUUAGAAUAAACUCUGUUAAAUUUCAUUAUUUCGACUGUUGAAUUUAAAUGAUUACUUUAGAUACAUGUAUGGCGGUUAGCCUUAGCAUCCAGUCAGUUUAGGGCUGGGUGUGGCGGUAACACGCCCCUUUUCCAUGUUAUGGUUUAAUUCCGCUGCAAGAAAUUGGAAGUUUCAAAUAAGUAAUAAAAGUUAGCUAUUUCUUUAAGUAUUAUUUUGGGAGGGAAAUUUGGGGGUGUUACAACACAUCACAAGGAAUUGAUCCGGAUGAUGAAGGAAAAGAUGUGGAUGCAACAACAUACAGAGGGAUCAUAGGAUCUCUGCUGUACCUAACUGCAAGCAGACCAGAUAUCUCUUUUUCUGUUGGAAUCUGUGCCAGAUACCAAUCAAAGCCCAAGGAAAGCCAUCUAAGUGCUGCAAAGAGAAUCAUCAGAUACAUCAAAGGAAAUCCAAAUGCAGGCCUGUGGUAUCCCAAGGGAGGUAACUUUGAACUAAUUGGUUACUCUGACUCAGAUUUUGCAGGUUGCAGAUUGGACAGGAAGAGCACCUCUGGUCACUGCCAAUUGCUACGAGGAAGGCUUGUUUCCUGGUUUAGCAAGAAGCAGAACUCAAUCUCAACAAGUACAGCUGAAGCUGAGUACAUUGCAGCUGGGAGUUGCUGUGCUCAGUUACUCUGGAUGAAGCAACAGUUGAAGGACUAUGGAAUUCAAGCUAAGGAGAUCAAGCUGUUGUGUGACAACACCAGUGCCAUAGCUAUCUCUCAGAAUCCAGUUCUUCACUCCAGGACAAAGCACAUUGAAAUCAGACAUCACUUCAUCAGAGAUCAUGUUGAGAAGAAGCAUAUCUGUAUGGAGCAUGUAUCUACAGAAGACCAGCUUGCACAUAUCCUAACCAAGCCUUUACCUAAGGCAAGGUUUAACAAGCUAAGGGAAGAACUGGGAAUGAUGGAUGAUCUUCCCAGAGAUGCCUGAACCAGAGAUUCACUGAACCAGAACUGCCUUCUUCUGCACGAGAAACUCAGAUCAGAGAACCCCUAUCUCUGUUCAUCAGAAUCUCACAUCAGAGAACCCCCCUUCUCUGACCAGAGAUCCCUAUCAGAGAGACAGCAGAUACAGAUGUGGACUUAGCAAUAUUUCGAGGUACGGGCAAGACCUAAUUAAUUGAAACGGUCUUUUACCAAAAUAUCCAUGAUCGUUACUCUUCUAACGGAAACGUUUUCCGCCCGCAUUUCAUUAAAUGCUACCUCGAAACUGCCAAUAUAUCAAACGUCCACUAUUCUUAACCCCUUUAUAUCCACCGUCUUCAACCUAAAUCCCUACUGCAACUUCAUCUCUCUUAAACUGCUCUAGCAUUCAAAGCAUUCAGAUCCUAAACCUUUCAAUCCCCAGAACUUUUCUUAACCGUCACUCAGAAUGAACUUCCUUAGCAUCAACGAUCUCUCUAAGGAAGAAGCUAAGACCCUCAUCGCCAACAUUGUCUCCGGCAUGAAGGUUGACAUGUCAUCUCUACCAUUGCUGACAGAAAAUCAAAAGAGGAUGACCAAGAUCAUCCAGGGGAUGACUGACUCACAACUUUCAAAGGUUGUUGCUCAUCCCUACGAGCAUUUCAGCAUCAAAGACGUGGCUGAGUUCUACCUCAACGCAACCAUCUCCAAGACUGGAAUUCACUCCUCAGUGCAGGGUCAACGCAUUUUUCUGAAUGCAGAUGCACUAAAUGAGUUCUUUGGAGUUCAACUAGACUCCCAAGACCCAGAAGCAAACAAUCUUCUUGCUCUUGACUCAGUGGAAGUCUCCACUGAAGGCUUUGUUCAGACAUACUGUCGCCCGUAGGCUGCCGGACUGGACAAACUGUACAUGAAGAAAUUCCUGCUGAAGAAGGACUAUGAGAAACUUGUCAGCAUUCUGCACCGGUGCUUGUGGUGCAAAACUGCUUCAACAGACGAGAUGAACAAGAACAAUGCCAAGGCAAUCUUUGCAGUUCACCAUGGCAUGAACAUCAAUUGGGGCGAGGUAAUUUUUGGCUCCCUGACUGAAUUCAUCAAGAAGAAAGACUCUGAAACAGGUCUUUUUUCAACCAAGAUGGGACAUGGGCUUCUCAUCUCUGCCAUUCUUGCUGCCAAAGGAGUUCAACUCAGGGAUACCAUCCCAGUUGAUCA